CGAGCGCUUUGGACACGCUUCCUUUGUUUUGAAUGUCUAAAGCUUUGAUUAUCCAGUGUAAUCCCACAAAAGACAAUAAAAAAAAACAGGAAUGGUUAAAAGGUAAUCCAAGGGAUCAACUUUUGUUUAAGAAGUGUAAAGGACGCGGGUCAAACGGGCAAAAUGGUUUACUGUUUUGCUCCUACAUGUGGCCAUUCGUCGGAUGGCAACACUUGCAAGUUCUUUGCUUUUCCAAGCGCUACAAUGCUGAACGACGAGUACAAGAGAUGGAUUAGACUCAUAAGGUAUGAACUGAUAUUCAAAAAGAAUUCCUUAUUCGGUGAAAAUUUGAUGAAUUACGUGAUUUUAAGUGAGAUUUACGGACUCUAUUCAGGUGAAGAGUUGACAUCAGGACAUGAGGGAGAAUCAUCGAAUACUGAAUGAUAGAAGCUUCAGCUAGUUGUCUUUGUAACGGUCGCUUUGUAUUUUCCGUAGCGAAAACCUUAAAUCUUAGUGCUUUGGAAGGCAAUUUGAAUCCUGUCUGCACAAAUAUUGAGGUUGCUGCACCGGGAUUGAUGAGUCAGCAAAAUGCAACCUAUUUAUCAUACAGAGGAAUGAAUUCCUUUAAGGUAAUAAUUGGUGUUGCACCAAAUGGAGUCAUUGCUAAUGUCAGUCGGCUGUAUCCAGGUUCUAUUUCAGACAAGGCCAUUGUGCAACAGUCUGGACUCCUUAAUCACUUGACAGCUGGAGACAUGAUUCUGGCAGACAAGGGUUUCCUUAUCCAGGAUGUUGUACCACAUGGUGUCUGUGUCAAUAUUCCACCCUUUCUGAAUAAUGCUUUCACAGAGAGUGAGGUCAAGAAAACAAAAGCCAUAGCUAAAGCACGGAGUCAUGUUGAAAAAGCCAAUGCUAGGCUGAAAGACUUCAAAAUUUUAGGCUGCAUUCCUUCGUAUUUGCGCUGCUAUGCUGACAUUUUGUUUCAGUUAUGCGCAGCACUUGUAAAUUUGCAAUUUCCUCUCAUCAAAGAGGAAUGCGAAGAUAUGGUUUUUGAGUAGUUUUAUGCUUGAAGACUACAUUGGACAGUUUUUUAAUUAUUAUUGUUCAAAUAGAAAUAAAAUAAGUUGUAUACUGAGGCUUACUUAGAAGAAAAUACAGCUAGAGGGGUGGGGAGAGCAUUCUAAUAUAACAGUAAAGGGAUGAUUUUACCUCCUAGGGAUUACAAUAUUUAUCAUCUGGUA